GGAUUUUGCUCACCGAUGUUGGUUGUUUAUGGUUUAUUUUGCCUUUGGAGAAGUUUGCGAUUGUCCUCAUUUCAUUUUUGUAGAUUUAUUGUUAUUUAUAAUUGUAUAUCUGUAAUAAUCCACUCAAAAUUCCAUGCCUUAAUAACUUCAUACUAAUGUAUAUUGUUUAUUUUCGUUAUACCAACCAUGGGCUUUGAAACUAAAAGAUUUCAAGGUGACGUUGACGAAGAACUGAUUUGCCCUAUUUGUUCAGGAGUUUUAGAAGACCCUUUACAGGCGCCUGCUUGCGAACAUGCGUUCUGUCGUGCAUGUAUCACAGAAUGGAUAAGUCGUCAGCCAACAUGCCCCGUGGACCGGCAGGCAGUCACAGCAAGCCAGCUGCGACCUGUUCCGAGAAUACUACGCAAUUUGCUCUCCAGAUUAAGCACUCGAUGUGACAACUCAGUUCAUGGUUGUAAUGCCAUAUUAAAACUGGACUCCUUACCUUCCCACCUUGCUGAAUGCGAAUACAACCCCAAGAGGCCGAUGCCAUGUGAAAAGGGCUGCGGUCUUGUUAUACCCAAAGAUGAAUUGGGCGACCACAACUGCGUCCGGGAGCUCCGGGCGCUCAUAGCCUCGCAGCAAGGCAAGCUAACAGAGUACCAACAAGAGCUGGCCGAACAGAGGCUUGUCAUCAACGAACACAAGCGGGAAUUGGCACUUCUAAAAGAAUUUAUGCGUGCGAUGCGCGUGUCGAACCCCACAAUGCGCGCGUUGGCCGACCAGAUGGAGCGCGAGGAGGUGGUGCGCUGGGCCAACUCCCUCACGCGCGCGCGCGUCACGCGCUGGGGCGGCAUGAUCUCCACGCCGGACGAUAUGCUGCAGGUGAUGAUGAUAAAGCGCAGCCUGUCGGAGUCCGGCUGCCCGCCGCACAUCAUCGACGAGCUGAUGGAGAACUGCCACGAGCGGAGGUGGCCGCCGGGCUUGUGUUCGCUGGAGACCAGGCAGAACAACAGGAGGCUAUAUGAGAAGUAUGUAUGCAAGCGAGUGCCCGGAAAGCAGGCAGUCCUUGUCCUCCACUGCGACAACGCUCACGUCGACGAACACAUGAUGAUAGAGCCCGGAUUGGUUAUGAUCUUUGCACAUGGCAUAGAGUAACCAUUCUAUAUUUAAAACCAAGCACAAUUUAUGGUCACAUGAAGAUUUCUAUUGGAGGAACAGUUAUGUAGACAAUUAACUCAAUGAUAGAUCUUCACACACAAAAUAAAUGAAAUAAUUUUAAUGUUGAAAUACUAAGCACAAUAUGAGUCACGUGAAAGCUUUAAGCCUACUUUGGCAUUUUGAAAACCCUAAUUGAGUGGUGCCUUCGAAAUAUAAAUACCUGAAAAUUGAAUGUUACAUUUUCUCUGUUGGAGUAGACAUGGCCUUAAAUAGAGGCUAACUAUAGCAAUGUUCUUAUAUAUAAAGGAUGUGAAAAGAUUCAUUCAAGGCUGGCAAAUCACGUGUGACACCCCUGUUGUUGUAGGCGUUCAUAGGCUACGGUGACCGCUUACCAUCCGGUGGGCCUAUAAUAUGGGCAUAUAAAAAAACAAAACCAAACCUAUCUAACAGUUGCGUUAAAUAAUCAAGACUUGAUGGAUUUGAGUGGAAAAGAAUACUAAUGUUGGAAUUGCAAUUUAGAUGUUUGCUUAGUAUCAGUUGUCCCAUAGGAUUAUUGGAACAAAAUCGUCUAAAAUACAAAAUUGAACUAGCGGGAAAGAUAGAUAUGGUAAUUCUGAACCUUUAAUGUCAUAUUAAAAUUAUGUAGUAGUCAAAAGCACAUCGACCUAACAAAUUCAUUGCAAAUUCGGUCCUAUUACCGGGGUAAUAACGAUCCAUGGCGAAUAACUUGACAUACGAUCAAGUGUAAGUGCUUCCAAUUUUAAUUCAAUCAUCCAUAUAUCAUACAUCAAUACUCACAAAAAAUAUAGAAAAUGUCAGUGCAAGAAAAGUGAUUCAAAAAGUGUGGUGCAGUGUUUGCUAUUAGUGAUAAACAACAAAACCAUGAGACCAAUGAUUUUGUACAAUAUAUACGAUAUUGUUUGAUACUAGUGUUGAUGAAGUAUUUUUAAGUAUUAUAAAUGUUUGUUUAUAGUAUUAAUUUUGUAAUGAAGAAUUUGAAGACCAUUAGCAUUUGAAGAUAUGUGUAAAAUUUGAGAUUUCUCAAAACUGAAGUCUUUUUUAUAACUUUAUUUUUUGAUGAAAUUAAGCUCUCGAAAUUGAUGAAAUUAAGCUGCUUACCGAAAAAUGUGUAAUUAUGCUAGGUGUCGCAGAAUACCUAUACAUAUAUGGAGUGGUAAGACUCAGACUCGGUAACUUUAAGUGAAGUUUCGAGUUAACUUUUAUAGAAUCUAUACAUAUAAUAAAACAGUAAGUGGGCUAUAUCUGUACAUAAAAUAUUUAAGGGGGAUCUUCAAAGACUUGUAAUAAAUUAACUUAAAACUUCACUUAAUGGUUCUAUCCAUGCUAACGAAUCUUGCCAUUUUGUAUGUAUAUAAGUAUUUCGUUACACAAUGAUUAUAAUUUAACAAAGAGGCUUAAAUAUUUCUGUUCCUUUGAUUAUUAUUUUUUUGUUUUCUCAAUAAGAAUGUGUUAAAUCGUCACUUUUUACAAAUGUCUUCAAAUUGUCCUAGAAUAAUGAGUGAUUUUGGAUAGCGAAAUCACAAAGUGUGUGAAUACUUUUCAUAUGCCGGUUCCACCCAAUUGCUGUUUGCCGAACUUUGGCGGUUGCGAAGUACAUUGCUGGUUUUACUUUGCGGUUAAAAAUAAGCUUAUACACAAACUACGGAAUGUACGUUCGCUCGCAUCGGAAUUUGAGUUCGCCGAUAGAUCUGACAAGAUGGCGGCGUGUUAGAUUUGCAAUUAUGAAAUAACUCAAGAAAUAUAAUAACACAAGAAUAUUAAUAAAAUGGGGUGGGAAGAGGGGGGUUAAAACAAUAUAUGCUGUAAGCUGUGGCUGUAUGUGUAUGACAAUUUAUACAUCUAUAUUCUAAAAAAUUCCGCACAAGGUUUGCCACAUAAAUGUUAUGAAUUCCCAAUAAAAUUGGUCACGCAACGAAAAUAGGUAAUAUAAAAAGCAGUGAGUUGGCACGAGUUUUUGCGGGAACUUAUUGUAUCGCCAUCGACAAAAUGUAUAUGGAAAAUAAACAGUAAAAGGGGUAAUACUAUUAGAUACAUUUUGACGUUGUCGACACCAUUAUGUUCUUGUAAAGUUCUUGCUUACGUCGUCGGCCCCAUAUAUUAUUAGGUAGACGGUUCACUCACUCAAUUCGACGACUAGAGUAUAAAUUGGUUAUAAUAAUCUCUCUCAUGUGACCGUAUUCCCGGUUUCUUUCGCAGCCGUUGAGCGUCGGAACCCAGGGUCCUCUAAAUUGCGUAAUAAUACUAACAUGUAAAAUACAUUAUCUAGUAUUCAUUCAACAUUCCGAAUUGCAGAUUUUUUCAUCAAGGUUUCAAAAAGCGAAUAUAAAUUUACUUUAAAACUUUUGACUAACUCCAGUUAAAAGCAGGCAGUAGCUAGCUCAUAGUGUGAAUCAUUUAUGUUCUGUUGGUGAUAUUGUUAUUAGUUUUCGGAACUUCGUUUUUUUUUAAAUAGGUUUGAAAGCAAAUAGCAAUCAGUUAAUAAGCAACUUAAACCCAUGACCAUCUUUACAUUGACAGUGUUGUAUAUAAUUUAAUUAUUGAUUAUGAAUUUCUUGUUUUUAAUCAGCCUAAAAGGAACAUGUCAAUUUAAUAAUUGCCAGUAAAAUGUUUCUAAUAUUUUACAUGUUUUUUUUUUAUUAUAAUAGUGAUGAUUAAGUGCUGUGUUAAGAUAUAAUAGUGUGUAUUUUUUUAAUAUACAUCAUAGUACUGCCUUAUUUUAGUGUUCCAAAAUUGUAUUCCUGUAAAAUGAGACUUAACAAUUGUUUUAUUUAGUAUACUUAAAUGAUUUGUUUUUUAUUGGCGUAAAAUUUAAUAUAUUUAGCUCAAUCGCAAUUAAACUUGAUAAUUUCUAUAA